AUGAGUCAUCCGGGCUGGGUGAUGGUCUCCUUCCUGACCGAAUUACUCAGCUCUUACGGUGGCAUGGGUAAACCGCAUCUACCCAGUAAUUGUGCCAACGACACGGAAGUGAUAGACAAUCUCCUGAAGGAAGCCUACAACAAACAUUAUCUCCCUGCAUAUCCGGUGCGCGUUAGAGUAGAUAUGUGGGUGCAGGAAGUAACCGCAGUUAGUGAGCUGACUCAGGAUUUUGAAAUAGGUAAAAUAUUGGAUCGAUCAACGAACUGUUUAGAUCUUUAUAUUAACGAAUUCUGGGAAGAUCCUGCAUUAGCAUUCAAUUAUAUGAAUCCAUGCAAGAACAAUAUAUCUUUCGAUGACAAAGUGCUGCAAAAACUUUGGAUACCUAACACAUGUGAGCGCCUGGCGACUUUAUUAUAACGAAGAUUUGCUUUAGGUUUCAUAAAUUCAAAAAACGCAGCCAUUCACGAAAGUCCGUUCAGGUAAGUCAGCAAUCUUGCAAACUUAGUCAUCACGAAGUUUUUCAACAUUUGUUAUAAAUCCUCUGGUUUUAGGAAUGUUUUCUUGAUGGUCCUCUCAAACGGUACAGUAUGGGUAAAUUACAGGAUGAAAGUAACGGGUCCGUGUGAUAUGAACUUAAAAAGGUAACUACUUAAAACAAGUGUCUUUUUGUUGCACAAUACAUUUCGCAGUCUUUUUAACUAACCCUAGAGCUUAACGUGCAAGUUUAAAGGGCUAUAUGGAAUCCUGUUACUCUAACGUAAUUACAUUUUGUUAUGAGGCGCACAAAUAUUUGAGCCUAAGUCUGGACAUGACCAGCUUUACUUAGACAUUUUCCGAGAACUCAAAGUCAGCGUUUAUCGGUCCUGCCGCUAUUUAGAUGAUUAUAAAGCUCAAAUAUAAUAAAAGAAAUAUAAAAUUAAAAUAAUCAUCUCAUUCGAUUUAGAUUUCCUUUUGAUCAACAGAAAUGUUUCCUAACGUUCGAGUCCUUCAAUUAUAACACUGGCGAAGUAAGAAUGCAGUGGAAUCAACCAUAUCCAGUCAUGUUGCUCAAAUCCAUAGAAUUGCCCGACUUUGUUUUAGUCAAUUAUAGUGUCAUCGCCAUCGAGCAGAUGUAUCCAGCAGGCUGGUGGGAUGAGUUGACGGUCGCAUUUGUCUUUAAACGACGAUUUGGAUGGUAUAUUUUGCAGGGAUACAUACCUACGUAAGGACUCAAUUACUUGCAAAAUAUUUAUUUAGUUACGUAACCAUCUUCAUCUCUUGGAUUUCGUUCUACCUCGGCUCGAAAGCCAUUCCAGCACGAACAAUGUUAGGAGUCAACUCUCUACUAGGUAAGGAAUCGAACUCUUACUAACCCUGCUUUUAGCAAUGACAUUUCAAUUUGGCAACAUCAUCAGGAAUCUUCCCAGGGUAUCGUACGUAAAGGUAUGUUAAGAUCAAACAAUUAAAACUUUAAUGCAGGCUAUUGAUGUGUGGAUGUUGUCUGGCAUGAUGUUCAUCUUCAUGAGUCUUCUUGAGCUGGCUGUAGUUGGAUUUAUGUCACGAAACGAUGGUCUACCACGGAGAGCAUCGAUACGAAAAAAAGCGGACGAUGAUUUCUCCUGGAAGGAAAUGCCCAGCCCUAGGAUAGGAUUGCGUCAAUUCUGGGUGGAAAAACAGUGUGCAAGUCUGCGGAACAACAACGACGAGAUGCCCGUCACCGAGAUAAAGGACCACCCGCCCAUUAUUCAGCCCAUAUCCGACCCUCCUCUUCAAUGCACAUUCAGCAAAUCGAGAACUCAUUCCAAGAACGGAAUACUCCUAUCCAUUUACGAUGUCCUCAAUAGCAUGAAGAUGUCAAACCCCGAGAAAGUUGACAAAUACAGGUAAGUAAUCAAAAACAGGAAUCGACGACUUCCUCUAGAAUUAUUCUAUCUGUUUGUAUGCCGCUUAUGUUAAUAUGACAUAUUAUAUUUCAGCGCAAUACUUUUUCCCACUGCCUACUUCAUAUUCAACGUCGGAUAUUGGGGAUACUACCUCACGGACCUUUCUGCUGAAGACAUGGUCAUCAGUUGA